GUGGAAAUAAGCGAGUUACCGGUCGGAAUUUGGACACAAAGGUAUAAGGAGAAAGUUUUGGACGUGUUAAGCCGAAAUAAUAUCAUAACCAAUUAUAAGGAAUUGCAUACGGAAGAUUCGGUGAAAUUUUUGCUGGAAAUUCCAAAGGGCACACCAAAUGGACUGUGCUCGAACAACGCCGCCGUGUCAGCUGAUGAACGAAAACAAAAACUGCGUAAAGCACUAAAACUGGACAGUGUGGUGGGCACUUCGACGAUGGUACUGUUCGAUGAGCGAAACACUCUGCGAAAAUUCGAUGCAAUCGAAGAGAUUUUCGAGGUAUUUUUUGAAGUUCGUCGUCGAAAGUAUAUCGAACGACGUGAGCAUCAGAAACGUCAACUGCAGGCCAAACUGAGAUUCUUUGAGAAUCAGUAUCGCUUCGUUGAAAUGCUAUUGAAUAGAGAGUUGAUAAUCGAAGGAAAAAGUCGUCAAGAUAUAGAGGAAGCUUUAAGAAGCAGAAAUUUCGAAUCUGAUCCACUUCAUACGCAACAGGAUGAUGAUGUUAAUAAUAAUAGUGGUGGUGAACGUAAUAAAUCAAGCGCUGAAUUUGGGUAUCUUCUCGAUAUGCCGUUGAUUCGGCUGACUAGUGAAGAGGCAAAAUCGUUGUGUGAAAGGCGUGAUUCGAAGAGAGUCGAAAUGGAUCAGUUGGAGCAUACAGAUUGGAAAACAAUGUGGCGUGAUGAUCUUCAGAAUCUGCUUGCGGUAAGUGGUUGCUUCGUAAAGUGA